AUGGCUACUGUCAAGAGUCUCUACGAGCCCAAUUCCAAGACGGGCAAUGCUUUGCACACCAACCUAGAUGUUGACUAUGUGAUCAAUUACCGCUUUGCAACAACAGGCAAACUCCAAGCGGAAGAGCAAUUCAUAAAAUUGAUUCAAGCCCUCAACGAUGUUGGCCUAGCCACCGAAGUUCGAAACAGCGAGAAUUGCUCCCUGUUGAUAUUCGUCAAAGUUGCUUCCGAUAAGCACCUGAGGGCAGAGGUCUAUCGAUCCAGGGUUCAAGAUUGGCUUUAUGGAGUACGAAGUGCUGCCCCGGAGAAGGAGAUGCAAAAGGCAAUAGACGAUGAACCUAUUACCGAAGCCGAACGUCUGCGACUCACAUACCUGCUGAUCACAAAGUCAACAAGCGAUGGGGGAGCUGGAAUCACACCGAAAGAGGGAGAAUGGAAAGGAGUGGAGUCCAUAUUCGCUCUACACGACCGCACGUUUAACAAGGCAUGGAUCAAGGAUAUCUCGUCGAAAUACUUCCUCAAUGCUCGGGACUUGGUGGCAAUCAAGGACAAGUUCGGCGAGAGAAUCGCAUUCUACUUCUCUUUCCUGCAAUCCUACUUCCUCUUCCUCACAUUUCCCGCAGGAUUUGGAGCAUUCUCGUGGCUCGUACUCGGACAGUUCUCGCCGGUAUAUGCAAUUAUCAACGGAUUAUGGUGCAUUGUCUUUGUCGAAUAUUGGAAGAAACAGGAGACUGAUCUUGCAGUCCAAUGGGGUGUCCGGGGGGUCUCCAAGAUUCAACGGAAACGCCCUGCCUUCCAGCAUGAGAAUAUCAUGAGAGAUCCAAUCACAGGAGAGGACGUUAAGAUAUACUCACCAGCGAAAAGACUUGCAAGACAACUACUUCAGGUACCAUUCGCUAUUGCUGCAGCUCUGGCACUUGGAAGUUUGAUCGCAACCUGCUUCGGAAUUGAGAUUUUCAUUUCGGAAGUCUAUGAUGGUCCUUUCAAAGCUUAUCUGGUUUUCCUGCCAACAGUGAUCCUCACAACUGUGAUGCCUACUUUAUCUACCCUGUUGACGGGGUUUGCUUCUAGACUAACCGAUGUUGAGAACUACGAGACACAGGAUGCAUACGAAGCUGCUAUGAUCUCGAAGAUCUUUAUCUUGAACUUCAUCACUUCAUACCUUCCCAUCUUUCUUACAGCCUUUGUCUAUGUGCCAUUUGCACAAAUCAUUGUCCCAUAUCUUGACGUGUUCCAACUGGCUGUAAAGCCCUUUGCUGAAAAUGAGAAGCAAAUGUCUACGCCACAAUCUGGCUUCCAAAUCAAUCCCGACAGGCUCAAGAAACAGGUCAUCUACUUUACAGUAACAGCUCAAAUUGUUAGCUUUGCUCUUGAAGUUAUUGUUCCGUUUGCCAAGAGGAAAGUCUUCCACAAGGUGAAGGAAGUACAAGCAGAUCGAGCAGCUAAACGUGGAGGUGAUGCUGGAAAUGUUUCCAUGGAUGAUCACCCGGAGGAGGCAGAAUUUUUGACACGCGUGAGAAAUGAGGCAGAGCUAGACGUUUACGACGUCACAACUGAUUUCAGAGAGAUGGUCGUUCAAUUUGGUUACUUGUCACUCUUCUCGGUUGUUUGGCCAUUGACAGGCGUUUCGUUCUUCAUCAACAACUGGAUCGAGCUUCGUGGGGAUGCCUUGAAAAUCGCCUUGGAGACUCAGCGACCUGUGCCAUGGAGAGGAGAUUCCAUCGGCCCAUGGUUGGAUGCACUUGGAUUUCUGGCUUGGCUUGGAAGUUUGACAUCUGCAGCCCUUGUCUAUCUUUUCAGUGGAGACGGUCUUGGUCCAUCGGGAACUCCCUGGGAUAUCAAAGUUUGGGGUCUCCUCUUGACAAUGUUCUUCUCCGAACAUAUCUUCCUCGCUGUACAACUUGGUGUCCGUAAAGCUCUGAGUAAGCUCGAUAGCCCAGGCUUGCAGAAGGAACGGUCGGAGAGAUAUCUUAUCCGAAAGAAAUACCUCGAGGAGAGUCUAGGAAGAGAGAAAGCUGAUUAUGCGGCUGCUGGUGGAAUUGCAGCUGGCGAGAAGAUUAGUAGAAGUACAAUGGAAGAGGAGGCCAGGCAAUCGACUCUUAGGGGUCACGGUACUCCAGAAGAGAGGUUUUGGGGCAGACAGCGAGGUCAGGUGGAGACUAUUGCUAUUGGCAAGAGUUUCAUUGCAAAGGCCGCACCGACAGUGGGUAAGGAGUCGAAGAAGGAGUUGUAA